AUGCUGGCUCAGCGAUACCCCGCCGCGGGACACGAGGACUUGCGCAGCUCGCCGGUGCGAGGCGCAAAGCCCAAGCCGUCCAAGCCUACCAAGUCGUCGUCUUCGGACUCGUACGCAAGGAAGUCGAUCAAGGUCAAUGCCGUCUCCAAGGCUAGCCUCGCCAUGCUUGACCCGAGGCACGCCAUGGGCAUCGACGUCGGUCUCGAGUGGCACGAGGUCCCCACGGUCGCCUACAAAACAGCGGGCUCCUUUAACGAGGAUCAUUAUGGUUCGUCGUCGGGUGCGACCGGCAGAUCGGAAGCAGUGGGAGCAGAGGGAAGCCCCACGCCCGAGCUCGAGGCCUUUACCACGACGAUGGACGAAAUCAGCGCGUCUUCCACGCCGUACGACGGCCGGAUGGACCGGAGCGCAUCAGACACCUCCGUCUUCGAAGACGACCGCGAACGCGACUUCCGCUUCGGUCCCGCCACUGUCGGAACGUCUCCUCGUGGUAGACCUAGCAGGUUGGACCUGGAGUCCCCUACGCGCGCGAGCAAGUCGACCAGGAGCAACAACAAGUCGAGUGGCGGCAGCGGCGGCGGUUCGUCCUCGCUGGCGAGAUUCUUCACCUGGAAGAAGAAGGACAAGCACAUUCACCCUUCGCUCGCCGACUGCCGAUCGUCGUCCGACCUUUUCGAUUCGGACGUGCCGCAGAGCGCGCCCCCGACCACCACUUACUUCGACCUCCGCCAACAUGCCCCAUUGAUGUCGGCACACGAUGCAUUUGACGAGGAGCACAACAGCUACUCGCUGCCCUGCAGCCCCGAGCGCCAGCAGACCGCCCUACCACGCGAGUACGGAUCCCUGGGCUCCCUCCAGCAGGAAAUGGCCAGGCCCAUUCGCGAGGUCAGGGCAGCAGCAGCUUCAGCCACUACCGCAAGGCAGUCAGUCUACAGCGGCAGGGUGCAGACAGGCUUCACUCGCGAGCCGAUCCCACCUCUUCCGCCGCUCACGGUCAACAUCUCCACCUCCUCGCCGAUGAUGCCGGACCUCUUCAACCGUUGGGGGCUCUGCAGCCCGGAGCAGGACAUCAUGUCGCCUUCGUCGCCUUCGCGUGCCAGCCAGGUCGCUGGUCGCAGCGUGUCGAGCGUCGGUCGCGGCGUGCCUGGACGCGACCGUAAAUCGACCAUCAUUCUCAAGAGCGAGGCCGAGGUGCGCCGCGAGCUUACUUCGCGUGCGCCGCCGCUGCCCACCGCCGGCACCGUCCGCAGACAACCCGGAGCCGGCCACGCAAGGCGGACGUCGAUUGCAAAGCAUGUCGUCGACGGGUUGCUCAUCGAAAACCACGGUCGUGAGGAGCCCGCCCUUCCGUCACAGCGAGUGGUGGAGGCGACCCUCGGCGUCCGGACCAAUCGACGAAGGAGUCGCAGCGUGGAAACGAGGGCGCCGCCUUCGCUAGCCAGCUUCGGCCUCGCUUCGACUGCCAUCGACGAGGCGGAGAUGGAAGAGCCGGCGGCUGAAACGCCGAUCUUUCCCUGCCACUUCCAGCAGCCGGCGCCCAUGAGGCAGCGGCCUGCGCGCGUCGUUGCCGGUUCUGCGAAACCCACGACGGUUGCUGCGGUCAGGCCGCCCCGACGAACGCCCGUGAGCCCAGCGAGGCGAUCAAAGCCUUCGACUCCCGUCGGCGCCGAUACUGCGGCCGGAGAAACCCACCAGGCGAGGCGGGUCAAUCUCAGCAACCAGAGGGCUCGGGCCGUCGCGGUCGCCAGCCCAUCGCUGAUGCCGCGGAGCCCUCGAAUGGUCCUGCCGCUGCCCGUGGUCAACAUCAUGCCGCCCACGCCAGAGCCGGAGCUUGAUGGCGUGAGCGCCUCUGCAACCGCCGAAGAGACCGACCGGCGUGCCAUGGAAGCCGUUGAAGCCGCCAGGGCACCCGUCAAGGUCGUGCAAGCUCCCAUUGCGUCUGGAGAGCCUGCCGCUCCUGACCAAGGGAGUGUCGGCAGCCCGGUCAGCGUCUACUCUCCGCGCAGCGUGUACGAAGGCCGCUUCUCAUGCGCCUACGGUGGCAUCGACAGCGCCACCGUCGACAGCAAGGACGUGGCCGAUACCGUCACAACCUCGACGACGAUGGGCCGCGAGCGAAGGUACAGCGUCGCGAGCGACCUCAGCAGCAGCGGCAGCAGCACCUCGGGAGCCUUUGGGUUCUCGGAUAGCCUUUCGAGCUCGUCGCUCGUUAGCGGCGGCUCGUUUACCUCGCUCUCGAGCCUCGAGUCCGAGAGCCCGGAGGCGACCCACAUCGCGGCCCUCAAAGCUGGCCACGUGCCCGAGCUGCCUCAGAUUGUCAUCAGCAGCACGGCGUCGAUGCAAUCCCUGAUGACUGCCGGCACCGCCGACGACGAGGCCGAGUCCGACAACGAUGCCGCAGCGCCCGCCUCGCAGGCGGCCAAGCAGCUUCGCACCCCUUUCCACUUCCAGGCCGGUCGCAAGUCCCCCUGCGACGAGUCAGACGACUGCGAGACGCCGACGCUCGCUUCCUGCCGCCAGAUGAGCGCGUUCGCGCAGGCGGCGUCCCAGGCCGGUGCCAGCCCCGACGGCGAGGGCAAGCGCCUGGACCUCGACAUGGACCUGAGCGAUCUGGCCCAGGAACUCGGUCUGGGCCGCCUCAGCUGCAUCCUACCGCCUUCGUCGGCCGCCAUCGACAUGGCGAACCGCAAGAAGGCUUCGCCCCCCAAGCCGCCAAAGUCGCAGGCGCGCAACGUCUCGCAGUGGCGUCGCUCAGUCACCUCGGAUGCCUACGACGCCGACUCGAUCCACUACCCCUCUACCUCCCCGCUCGACUUUUCCGCAAGCGCAGUGCGCACGCCGCUGACGCCUCCGCGCACGCCCUUCGGCCAGACGACGGCGGGAUCGCUGGCGUACGAGGGCGAGAUGAAGGCGUACAGCGCUGUUGCGGAGAACGUCCCGACCGCCCCGGGAGGCAUGGGGCUGGGUCUGGACUUUGGUGCCAUCGCGAAGGCCCCGACACCAGCAGAUGCCUACCAGCCCGACGUCGUCCACGAUGAGGAUGAGGGCGAGUGGAGCGUCGGCUUCGCCCUCUGA